CAGCACAACCACUUACUAGAAAGCCAGAGUGGUGCUAUUCCAUGAAAAAACCAUAUGGUGUUGCAGUGAUCAUUAAUAUCAAGCAGUUUGAGGAACAGUUGAAUUUCGAUAACCGAGAAGGUUCUGAUGAUGACGUAGAGAAUUUGAAACGCUUGUGGAACGAACUUGGCUUCACUGUAACGAUAAAUGUGGAUUCGACAACAGCUGACAAAAUCUACAUAUUUCUUAAACAAGUGGCAGCUCAAAUUAAUGCAAAUACUGAAGAUUCAAGCUGUUUCGUGUGCUGUAUUAUGACUCAUGGUAAUAUGGGCAAGAUAUAUGGUUCAGAUUCCAAGUCUCUUGACAUUAAAACAAUUACAGAUAUAUUUAAGAGGAACAAUUGUGGAGCUUUAGCGGGAAAGCCGAAGCUGUUUUUUAUUCAAGCUUGCAGAGGAAGUAACCAGUUACGUGAUCACGCUAAGCCAGAUGCAGAAAAAGAGAAAGGCCCGAAGGUGGCACCAAGGGAAAUACCCAAAACCGUGGAUUUAGCCGCUGCAGCUCGUGAUGCCGAUUACGAGAGAAAAAAUAAUUCAGAUUUUCUUAAACGAGCAAAUCCAAAUGAAAUUAAUUUUUUAAUUGGAUAUUCGACAGUGCCAAGUAAACGUCUCCUUUAACUAACAUCAUGCUACUUAAAGUCUUGCGUUCAGUUCUUGAGUUCGCAUCGGUUUAGUCAUGAUAGUAGAAAAAAGUAGCUGCAGCUAACUAGGUUGUUUAUUCACACCAAAUUUUAUAUCAAAAAUUAUAUUAGAAUCUUUCCCCAUAUCAAAGUCUAUUAUGCCGUCAUAUACUUAAUCAAGAACUUUUCAACUAAAUAUAAAGAGCCCCAUUACCGCUGCCUCGGACAGUGAACCGCGCAAUCCAAUUCCUUCCUUCCACGAGUGUUUAGAUUCGAUUUCACUUAAGUUAACCUGUUCCCCUUAAUGCUGUAAUUUCCAUGUUUCUAAUACAGCAGAGUGCAAUCUUCAUUUUGUUUUCAAUUAUAAUUGGUUAAGGUUUGAGUUAGCAAGUAGGUUAGAGAAGGGAUUAGAAGCGGAAAACGUUCAGAUUUUAAGCGGUUCUAAAACGAUUUCUGACCGAUUUUAUUCGAUUUAAAAGAACAAACCAAACCAUGGCAACUUGCUUUUAAUUGUAUUCUUUAGGGUAUGUAAGUUACCGGCAUGUGAAAGAUGGAUCGUGGUAUAUAUAUGCAUUGUGUGAAAUAUUUCGUAGACACCACAAACAUGAAGAUGUCACAUCCAUGAUGACCAGAGUAAAUAACAAGGUUCAGAAUCAGAAACAUGGAGAAAGUGGUGUCAUACAGUGUCCCGCACCUGUUGCUACACUUACUAGAAAAAUUUACUUUGAUUGA